AUGCAUCAGCAUGUCCCACCAACCCAAACCUCUCAAUUUGGGGGGUACCCAUCCUCUUCAGCUCAACAUAACUAUAACUUCCCCCAGUUUGCCCAACAAUAUCAUCCCCAACCCUACCUCCGACCACCCAGACAGUUCACCCCAUGCACAACCCCCAACUUUCAGCAGAGCAACCCUUAUUUCCAAUAUCCUACAAAUCCUACCUUCAACACUACCUUCUCUCAACCCUCCUUCACGCCCGAUGACGUAUACAUCCCAACCAUGCAACAACCCCAAGCCGAUACCUACCCACAACCACCACAACCAUCACAUUCAUUUCAACAUUUUUUACUGACAGAGGAGCAACUGACGCAAAUGCCAGAUUUUAACAUCGAAGAUAUUCUAAAUGAUGAUGAACCAGGACCCUCUUCAAGGCAGACAAUCCCCCCGAGAACACAUCAUAAUGAAGAUUUGUCUUCAGACUCCUCUCAAUCAGCUGCAAACGAGCGUUUGGGCAGAGGAUACCGACAGCGAAGGCCCCCUAGGUGUGGAACUGGAGGUCAUCUCCGAUGA